AUGGCCGAGGCCACAACAUCCAAAGCAGCCAAAUCAAAGUCCAAAUCCAAAGCGCCAUACUACGCCGUCUCCCCCCUCUGGAAGGAUGUUGUCCCCGUACCCCUCAUCGACGGGCCGCCCGGGCAGAAAGACGCCGGCCCAGCGCUCGCCACGAUCGCCUACUCGCCGCGCUACAGCGAGGCCAUGUCGUACCUGAGGGCCGUGAUGGCGGUCAACGAGUUCAGCCGCCGCGCACUCGACCUGACCGAGGACAUCAUCGGGAUGAACCCGGCGCACUAUACCGUCUGGCUUUACCGGGCCAAGAUCCUGAAGACGCUGUGGCAGACAGACGGCACGACCGUGGAGGAUGGGGUCACGACGGAGUUGGACUGGCUGGAGGGGAUCAGUGAGCGGAAUCUGAAGAAUUAUCAGAUCUGGCAUCAUCGGCAAACGCUCAUGUCGCUGCUCGGGACUCUGCCGCCCACGGAACCGGCGUUCCUCGCACACAUCCUCUCGUUCGACGCCAAGAACUACCACGUCUGGACGUACCGGCAGUGGCUGUGUCGGCGGUUCCCGGACCCGCUGCUCAACACGGACGUGGAGCUGCGCGCCGUCGACGCGCUCAUCCAGGACGACGUGCGCAACAACUCGGCGUGGAAUCAUCGGUAUUUUGUCGUCUUUGGCGUCGACGAACUGCGCGCCAUCGAGGUCGAGGCCUCUGGCGGCGGCGGCGGCGGUGGGCGCGGGGGGAUCCGCAAGGAAGUCCUCGCCAGUGGUACCUUGGUCGUCGAUCUCGACGUGGUGGACCGCGAGGUCAAUUAUGCCAAGGACCACAUCGCGUGGGCGCCGCAGAACGCGUCGGCCUGGAAUUAUCUGCGCGGCGUGCUCACCCGGGCGGGCAUUCCUCUGACGGAGAUGCGGGUGUUUUGCGAAGGGUUCGUGGGUGGCAAGGGGGCGGAUCUCAUGAGUAGUAGUGACACGCCGGGGAGCAGUGUGAGGAGUAGUCAUGCGAUUGAUUGGUUGGCCGACAUUUAUCGCAUGGAAGGUGAUGUACACCGGAGUAGGGAGUGUCUUGACGCCUUGGCCAGGAAGUGGGAUCCCAUCAGGCGGAAAUUUUGGGAGUUUAGGGCACGCCAGUUGGAGGGGGUGGAAAGUGAAACGAACUUAUGA